AUGGCAGGAAAAACGGAGUUCGUGAACCUUCAAGUGAGUGGAAACAAAGUGUGCGUGUUCUCCAAGUCCUACUGCCCUUAUUGCAAGAAGGCUAAGGAGGCGCUUGCCGACGCUGGCUUGAAAGAAUACGUUCUGUUGGAGUUAGAUCAACGAGAUGAUGGCGAUGCGAUUCAAGAUGCCUUGUUGCAGAUUACAGGAGGCAGAUCGGUAUGAACCACGUUAGGGCUCCCGUUAAAAAUUUUAUUAUUUUUAUUUUCGAAUUUAGACUAUGAUGUUCCAAAUACUUUCUUUCUAUAAUUGCUUUGUUCCGAGUUAAAGCACGUGCGUUUUUAAUAUAAUUAUAACGAUGGGCGAUGAGAAGGCUUUAAGAUUAUCCGUUUCAUUCGACGAUCUCAUGUUCAGGGAAUCGGAAAGCCAAAAAGUAUCCUAAGUUUCAACAAAAUAAAAUGAGUUGACUCUCUCUUAGUUUCAGAAAUAAAGCUAGAAGUUUUCGGGGGAGAAGGGGUAGACUUCCUAAUGAGCAAUAGAUCACCACUGAUACCCUCUUUUCACAUCCGCUGCUUCGCCGCAGAAGAGUAUUAAAAUGACGUCGUUCAUUGUCGCCCGUGGAAUGCACCAUACUGUCACGCGAUGGUAUGUGACUCUUUUCCCGCGAUCGGCUUACACCCGGCUCUACUACCCACUGGACUCGUGAACAGGUGUUACUUAGCUUAUAUAUGUUAUGUUUGAUUUCAAGGUUCCAAGGGUGUUCAUUGGAGGCAAGUUUGUUGGUGGAGGAGAUGAUGUCAAGAAACUGCAAGAUACUGGAAAGCUUAAACCAUUGUUGGAGAAUGCGGGAGCUCUGUAA